AUGUUGUUAGUUACCACACUUACCGUACUUUCGCUGUGUCAACUUUACCUUCCACUAACAGGCUCUACAGACACAAACACGAAAAAGAAUGCCUGCACCCGUUUUGGGGAUUAUCCUCUUAAAGAACACAGCCCUGACUGUUACGAAAAUCCCAACGUGCUCUCGUCUACCGUUAAAAUGAUUCGUCAAAGUGGUUACGACGUGCAGGAACACGACGUAGUUACAGGGGACGGUUACAAAUCACGAAUUUUUCGUAUACCAGUACGAGAUAACGAUAACAGGAAGAACAAACAACCUGUGGUGUUACAACACGGUGUCCUUGUGAACUCUGCAGUUUGGACGUGGGCAGGAAACCGAUCUCUAGCCAAUGCCGGCUAUGACGUGUGGUUAGCAAACCAGAGGGACAGCGGCUACACCACACACAAAACGUACAAAACCUCUGACUAUAACUUUUGGAGUAACAGGUAA